UUAAACCUUCUCUCAGUAGUAGAGCUAAAGAAGACGAUAACCAACCAGUGGUCAUCCAUCUGAAAUUGUAAUUGGCUCACUAAUCCAGGACAAAGUUAGAGAUCAGAACUCAAGCAUAAUUCUCCUUUCCCUCACACUGCUACAGAGAUGUUUGACAUAAAGGCUUGGGCUGAGUAUGUUGUGCAAUGGGCUGCAAAGGAUCCAUACGGCUUCCUUACAAUAGUUAUUUUGGCCCUUACUCCAUUGUUUCUAGCAAGUGCUGUACUGUCCUGGAAACUGGCCAAGAUGAUUGAGGCCAGGGAAAAGGAGCAAAAGAAAAAACAAAAACGCCAAGAAAAUAUUGCAAAAGCUAAAUGACUGAAAAA